UCCGGGCCUCGCUCCCGGCACGCCCAGCGGGCACUGGGAGGUCCCGCCCUCUUUCGCCAGCCGCUGGCAGGUGGAGGUGGCGGCGGAAGUGGACGGAAGGGUUCCAGCGGCUGAAUUCUGACGAUUAGACCUGUCCGCAAGAAGUGUCCACAAGUAAGGCUGCUUUUCUGUGCUGAAACUGAGGAGCUGAUUGGCACCAUGAAAGUCUUCUGCGGGCGGGCCAAUCCAACCACGGGAUCUGUGGAGUGGCUGGAGGAGGAUGAGCACUACGAUUACCACCAGGAGAUUGCAAGAUCAUCCUAUGCUGAUAUGCUGCAUGACAAAGACAGAAAUAUAAAAUAUUACCAAGGUAUCCGGGCUGCUGUGAGCAGGGUGAAGGACAGAGGACAGAAGGCCUUGGUUCUUGACAUUGGCACUGGCACAGGGCUCUUGUCAAUGAUGGCCGUCACGGCAGGGGCUGACUUCUGCUAUGCCAUUGAGGUUUUCAAGCCUAUGGCUGAUGCUGCUGUGAAGAUUGUAGAGAAAAAUGGCUUUAGUGAUAAAAUUAAGAUUAUCAACAAGCAUUCCACUGAGGUGACCAUAGGGCCAGAUGGUGACAUGCCAUGCCGUGCCAAUAUCCUGAUCACAGAGCUGUUUGACACAGAAUUGAUUGGUGAAGGAGCGCUGCCCUCCUAUGAGCAUGCGCACAGACAUCUUGUGCAGGAAAACUGUGAAGCCGUGCCUCACAGGGCGACUGUCUAUGCGCAGCUGGUGGAGUCCAGGAGGAUGUGGUCGUGGAAUAAGCUCUUUCCUGUCCGCGUUCAGACUGGCCACGGAGAGCAGGUCAUCGUCCCCCCCUUGGAACUGGAGAGGUGCCCCGGUGCCCCAUCUGUCUAUGACAUUCAGCUCAACCAGGUGUCGCCCACUGACUUCACUGCCCUCAGUGAUGUGAUGCCCAUGUUCAGUGUGGACUUUAGCAAGCAAGUCAGUAGCUCAGCGGCCUGCCACAGCCGGCAGUUUGAACCUCUGGCAUCGGGCCGAGCUCAGGUGGUUCUCUCCUGGUGGGACAUUGAAAUGGACCCUGAGGGGAAGAUCAAGUGCACCAUGGCCCCCUUCUGGGCACACUCAGACCCAGAGGAGCUCCAGUGGCGGGACCACUGGAUGCAGUGUGUGUACUUCCUGCCACAAGAAGAGCCCGUUGUCCAAGGCUCAAGCCUCUUCCUGCUAGCCCACCACGACGACUACUGUGUAUGGUACAGCCUCCAGAAGACCAGCUCCGAAAAGAACGGGAGAGUCUCCCCACCACGCCCUGUGUGCGACUGCCAAGCUCAUCUGCUCUGGACCCGGCCUCGGUUUGGAGAGAUCAAUGAUCAGGACAGAACUGAACGAUACGUCCAGGCCCUGAGAACGGUGCUGAAGCCGGACAGCGUGUGCCUUUGUGUCAGUGAUGGCAGUCUGCUGUCCUUGCUGGCCCAUCACCUUGGGGCAGAGCAGGUAUUUACCGUAGAAAGCUCAGCAGCUUCGCACAGACUGAUGAAAAAAAUUGUCAAGGCUAACCAUGUGGAAGAUAAAGUUCAUAUAAUAGAGAAACGGCCUGAGUUGUUAACGUCUGCAGACUUGGAGGGUGAAAAGGUCUCUCUCCUCGUGGGGGAGCCGUUCUUCACCACCAGCCUGCUGCCGUGGCACAACCUCUAUUUCUGGUACGUGCGGACCGCCGUGGACCAGCAUCUGGGACCUGGUGCCGUGGUGCUGCCCCAGGCCGCCUCGCUGCACGCUGUGGUUGUGGAGUUCAGGGACCUGUGGCGGAUCCGGAGUCCCUGUGGUAACUGUGAAGGCUUUGAUGUGCACAUUAUGGAUGAUAUGAUUAAGCGUGCCCUGGACUUCAGGGAGAGCAAGGAGGCCGAGCCCCACCCGCUGUGGGAGUACCCAUGCCGCUGCUUGUCCGGGCCCCAGCAGAUCCUGACCUUUGAUUUUCGGCACCCAGUCCCCCCACACCCGGUCCGUGCUGAGGGCUCCAUCGAACUGAGGAGGGGGACUGUUGCUGGAACCCGCACUGCAAGCAGGCUGUGUACUUCUUCACCAGCCCGGACUGCGGGGUCCCGCAAGGCGGCCCUCGGACCGUCAGCUACACCGUGGAGUUCCACCCCCACACUGGAGACAUCAGCAUGGAUUUCACGCUCUCAGACACCCUGGAGGACGGGUGCUGACCCUCACUUGUUGAGAAAUAAAGUGGCCCAAGGGCUCUGGGCUCUGAAUGGUGUGAAGGCCCCUCUCUUUUCAGGACCCAGUUAAAUCUCUGGGCUCUGAGGAGCCCUCUUCCCUUUUUGCACUUUUGCACUGCCAGUUCCUUGCUUUGGGUGUGACAGGCAGCACAUCUGCUGGCUGAAUUUGGAGCUGAGGAGGGGCCAGGGAGCCCUCCCUGCUGUAGGUCUGAAGCACUCCAGAAGCUCUCACUUGGCAGUGUCCCUGUGCUGUGCUGGGAGUGGGCUGGGUGGCUUGUGUGCUCUCAGCUGUGAAGGGCGUGGGUGGUUGGGCUGCCCCUGUGGGAGAGGCCUUGCCUAGGAGUGACUUGUAGUGGCAGAGCUGCUGACUUGUGGCUAGGCCCUGGUCCUCAAAGAGCAUGGCAGGGCUGUCCUUCUUAGGUGUUGGGUGACGUUACCCAGAUACACCCGUAAGCAUCUGGCCUCAAUACACAGCAUCAGCAGGUGACGGGGACUUGACACCUGGACAUCCGACUGCUGCUCAGAGGAUAGGGAAGAGGUGGUCUCAAAGCAUUUCCUGAGAUGCAGACCUGGGAAACCAGCCAUCAGGAGGAGGAGCCAGGAGGUAAAGCCUUUUCCUGUGUGCCCCCAUUCUGGCAGAAGGACCUCCUGCCAACUACCAGGCCUGGGCUGAUAGGUACCGUAUAGCCACCCCACCCCAGCCUGGCCCCCUUGCUUUGCCACGGAAGACCAGAGUGUCCUGAGGCGGUUCCAGCCUUGCUUCUCCCCAACUCGAGGUGCCCUUCAUUCUUUAUUCCCACUCCAGAUGGAACAGGAGAUAGUAGGAACCCAGGUGGCCUGGUUUUCUGGCAGUUAGGGGCAGACUUAGCCUGUUCCCAUGCUGCUUGGGCGAGGAGGCGGAGGCAGGAAAGGUGGGCCCCCCAUAGCCUGGCCCCAGCUUGUCACUCAAAUAAGAGAACACCAGCCUUGAGCCUCACAGUUUUAUUUUCUUAUUAUCUAUCCUUCCGUUCAGCACCAAUAAAGGGAAAAAACACCUCUCUUUUCAAAAUA